UGUACUGGAUGAUUCGAUGAAAUCGUAUCGAAGCGUGUUUUUUGCAAAUUCUUUUUUGCUAAUAAAAAAUAUAUUUCAACAACAACAAAGUAGUUAUACUACGAACAAAAUGGUUAACGCAAAAAAAUUCAUUUUCGCUAAGCGUUUUGAUGGAUUACCAAAAGUCACCGAUUUUCGCUUGGAAGAAGAAGUCCUUGAAGAAUUGAAAGAUGGAGAGGUUCUACUUGAGGCAAUUUACUUGAGUGUUGAUCCAUACAUGCGGCCAUAUAGCGAAAAGUAUCCGACGGGAAUAACCAUGAUUGGCAGCCAAAUUGCAAAAGUGAUUGAAUCGAAGAAUUCCGCUUAUCCAAAAGAUGCUCUUGUUUGUGGAUAUUUAGGUUGGCGUACACACACUAUAUUCAAUCCAAAUGAGGUCAGUGGUGAUGAUGCUAUUAAAACGUAUAUUUUACCGUCAUUUGGUGGUCUUCCACCGUCUCUCGGCCUUGGUCAAUUGGGAAUGCCUGGUAAUACGGCAUACUUUGGCUUCUUGGAUAUAUGCAAACCAAAGGAAGGUGAAGUAGUUGUUGUCUCUGGUGCUGCCGGUGCUGUCGGUAAUCUUGUCGGACAAAUUGGUAAAAUCAAAGGAUGCAAAGUAAUUGGAAUCGCUGGCAGCGAUGACAAAUGUACCUGGCUCACUAGUGAAUUGGGCUUUGAUCAUGCCAUCAACUACAAGACGGAAUCGGUUGCUGAAGUUUUGAAGAAAUAUGCACCGGAUGGCGUUGAUUGUUAUUUUGACAAUGUAGGCGGUGCAAUCAGUUCCAUUGUUAUCAACCAAAUGCGUGAUUUUGGUCGCAUUUCUGUAUGUGGUUCGAUUUCAUCAUACAAUACACCGGUUGCUGAGUGGCCAAAAGUGCCAAUUUUACAACCAACUUUCGUUUUUAAGCAAUUGAAAAUGGAAGGAUUCAUCGUAAGUCGCUUUUGUAGCAAAUGGUUCGAAGCCAUUCAAUGUAUGAAAAAAUGGACAGACGAAGGAAAACUUAAGUAUCGUGAAACCGUUACAAAUGGUUUUGAGAACAUGCCACAGGCACUCAUUGACAUGCUUCAAGGUCAAAAUACAGGAAAAGCAAUUGUUAAAGUCUGAAUUAUUGUAAACAAUUAUAUUAAAAAUAACAGGGAAUGAAAAUAAAAAAAUAUAAUAAAAAUAUUGUUUUGGCAAUCA